GCCAGUGUGCACUAUUUCAUCAUUAUGUAUUGGAGGUUUGGCUUUCAUAGCACUUCUUCCAUUGAUACUUUGCUGGAGAAGCCAGAUGUCCCAGUAGAAAGUAUCCUCGAAGACGAGGAUCUCUUGCAAGAGUGCAAGUCACAGAAUGCUCGUCUCGUGCAGUACCUGCAGCGCCCUGAUGUCCUUCGAACAUUGUUUGGUUAUGUGACAGGCGAUAUUGAUGUAGAGCCGAGGUCAAGCUACAAAUAUCCAUACCUUGCGGCCGAGGUCCUAUGCAGCGACAUCUGGUCAAUUGUUGAAACGUGCCUUGAACACAGCGACGAAUUGUUGACUCCGUUCUGGGACACAGUUCUUUCCAAGACGACAGACGACUUGCUCAGCAACCCCGUCAUGCCUGCACGAUUCACUAAAAUCAACUCUGUCUUUUUGGCGAAGAAACCUGCUGAGAUGCUCCAGUUCAUAAAGAGCGUGCCCGAUGUUGUAACAAAGCUACUCGCCCAGGUGGAGAUCCCUGCAGUGGUUGAUUUAUUGUUUCGAAUUGUGAAGUCCGAUGGUCAAAUUGAAGGGGCUGGAGCUGUCGACUGGUUGUCAACCGAAGGCUUCGUUCCCCUUCUCAUGAACCUCCUCUCGCCCUAUGAACGUCCUGAGAUUCACGUUGCGGUUUCCGAGUUGCUCAAGGACAUCAUAUCUAUUUCGUGUCCAGCCCCAGGAAACGUCAGUAUGACAGGAGGGAUGGACGAUGCUGCGCAAGACGUUUCGGUUUCAAACAGACUAGUUCGCGAGCUUGCCGCGGAACGCACCGUCAUCAAACUAGUUGGCUUCAUGCUCGGCGACACGGAAGAUCACGCAAACGGAGAAACAUCGCGCCUUUGGAAACAGUCUGAUGAACCAGCAGAGUCCUUCUCAAGGAGCAGCAGGGAAGAAAACGCACCUCUUGCACCACCUCCCGAGCGUGCUGCUUCCGCCUUGGUUCACGGCACCAGUGUUGCCAUAGAGUUGAUCCGGAAGAAUCACUCAGAUUACUACGAGCCCGUUCUUUUCCACACGCUGCGGAAUCGCUUAAUAGCCGUUCAGCAACAUCAAGCUCUAACUACCCCCAAUACUAUGGCCUCCCACGUAGGGUCGGAAGACCGUGAAAGUCUGGAGACUGCUCUAGCUUCUCUCGCCGAGGAAGUGGGUAUUGUUCAUCUUGGUCAUCUAUUAAAUGCAGUUUGCGAUCGCUUGGACGAGUUUCAGGCCCUGCUACGCCAACCCCGUACAUCGGUGAGUUGCUCUAGGCCCCAUAUCAUUCACAGCUUUGGUUCUGAGUCGUGUCAGACCGCACCUCUGGAAACAACGAUGGGCCUGGUUGUGCCAUUGACGUUUGAGCGCCUGCGGAUCUGUGAGCUCUAUGCGGAACUCUACCACACUUCUAACAUGGCCUUGUUAAAUCGGCUUCCGGGCGACGGGCCGAGCUACGACAGCGAAGGGAGGCUUCUGGGGGGUCUUGCAGGCUUGGGAGAGCUUGCAAGAGUGUCAGCUUCCGGUCCUUCGGACGCCUCCCACAGCGACCGAGAUGAAAAAGAAAGCGAGUUACAUGCAGCCAGAGAAUUGCCAGUGUCUACAUCCUCCAUGGAUACGUCGUCUAUCUCAGUAGACGAGGACAUGCUUGACGAAGCACUUGAAAAUGCCCCUGUCGAUAGCGAUCUAGCAGAGGCAGCUAUCACGGACCCCCCUGUGACUUCGAUUCAGCAUUCAAGUCCUCGUGGGGUUGACCCCUUCCAGGACCCAGACGAUUCAGGCGCACCGCUAGAGCACGACACGGAAGAAACUGAUCUGGCGAGGGAACGCGCAUGCUCCGGAGAUCGUCUUAAGCAGCAAUAUUUGGAGCUUGGAAUCCUCGAGACUCUCCUUAGCUUAUUCUUCGAUUAUCCCUGGAAUAAUUUUCUUCACUUGGUAGUGUACGAUGUCGUCCAUCAGGUUCUAACAGGUCGUGUAGAGGAAGGUUACAAUCGGCUGUUGACCAUCCAUCUCCUGAAAGACGCUCGUUUGAUUGAACGGAUUCUCCAAUAUCAGCCACAGGGUGAACAAUCUCAAAGCGAAAACAAUGUCAGAGGGGGCUUCAGUGGACAUCUCAUGCUCUUGGCCGACGACGUUAUUCAAGCUUAUGACGAAUUUUCGAAGUCCAUGAAAGUGUGUCUCGACACCGUCGUUCCCCAACCAGAGUGGGACGUCUUUGUUGCUCGACAUCGCUUAGCCAAGGAACAAGAGAAGAAAAUAUUGGGAGGAAUACGUCCGGCUGCCGCAAAUCGGCGGACCGCACUUUUCUCGGCCCAGGUCGAUGAAGUAGGAGGCACAGGCGCCACAACUUCGUCCAAUGUGACUUCGCUGGCCCCCCCAACUAGCUCAAACUCUCUGAAAACACCUCCGCUUUCAAGCUCCAGACAGGUGACUGCUUUUGAUCAGGACGAGCGCGACUCUGUGCUCGUGGCCUCUCCGGACGAGGAAGAUGAUGAUGAGUGGGGCUCAUUCGCCAGUACCACCCAAGGGGACGCGAUUCUCUCUUUCGAUGAAGAAGAGGAAGAUACAUUGGCCUUCACGCCUGCCCCGUCCAUAUCAGAGCGUGUGUUGACAAUAGCUGACUUGAAUAGCUCGUUCCAUGCAGAUAUUGAAGCCAAGGGCUCCACGGCAAUCUUUGAACAAUGGCCGCCGGACAAUGAAGCAGAAGAGGGAAUGGGAGACAUAAUGAAUGGUCAAUAGUCCACCUCUUGUAUUUCUUCUUAGGCAACCCGCGCAAACCAUAAACAUAAUUGACCUUUAAUGUAAGGUUCGUGGUCUUUAUGGCACGAACGUAUAACCUCCAUCCCGGUGGAUCGCGGUCAAACUGAGCUCAGCCAAGGUCUUAGACCCAUCAGCAAGUUCCAAACCAGCGGUGAUAGCGUCUCCAGGAAGCACGGGACCGACUCCAGAUGGCGUGCCAGUCAACAAGACAUCUCCCUCCUCCAAUGUCAUUAUCGAGGAGACAUGCUCAAUCAGCCGGGGGAUACGAAACAUCAUAUCGGCCGUCGUCCCGUCUUGUUUUGUUUCACCAUUGAGCUUGAGCCAGAGGCGCAGAUUGUGCGCAUCUGACACUUGUUCAGCUGGGAUAAAAUCGCUGAUCGGUGUGAAUGUGUCGAAGCCUUUGGCAGCUGACCACGGCAGUCCCUUCUUCUUAACCUGAUCCUGCAUGUUUCGAGCCGUCAUGUCAAUCGCCAGCGCGUAACCAGCAACGUGCGACAUGGCAUGCUGACUAGAUAUGUUGCGACCUCCCUCGCCAAUGACCACACCAAGUUCGACUUCGUGGUGGACAAUUGUACCCUUUGGAAUCUCGACAUUACCGCCGCUUAGUACGUAACUAGUGGUUGGCUUAAGAAAGAAGAAAGGCUCCUUGGGUACUUGGUUCGAAAGCUCUUUCACAUGUUCAAGGUAGUUCCUGCCAAUUGCAAGAAUCUUCUUCCCGGAGCGCAAGAAGUUCGCCGCCAUGAUGAAACAAUGACUUGCUCAGGGCCUUUGGCAGUUUAUAUCUUGUAUAUGCGGCAGAAGAUCGGAAAUAUACCGGGGAGAGAACCUGUCGAGCCG